AUUUCCAGAUCCUCUACAGAACCGCCCACUGCUGACACCAUGUGCUACUACGGCAGCUACUAUGGUGGCCUGGGCUACGGCUAUGGUGGCCUGGGCUGUGGCUAUGGCUGUGGCUGUGGCUAUGGCUCUGGAGGCUACGGCAGGUAUGGUUAUGGCUGUUGCCGCCCCCUGUGCUGUAGAAGAUACUGGUCCUAUGGCUUCUACUGAAGAAUUCUCACAGUUUCUUAGCCUGUAGGCUAUAACUUCUGUUUUCCUGGAAUUAUUCCAAAUUUUCUUCACAUGAAAAACUUGUAUGUCCUCAGAAACACCAACUAAACACAACAUUAUCUUAAAAAAAUUAAAUUCAGUAAGGCAUUUAUACUCAAUAUCAUUUUGGUUAUGUGAUAGGUAUAGAAACAUGUAUGUAUUAUUUUUAUGCCUUAUAAGA